AUGUCGUUGAGUUAUCCGUUCCGUCGCAAGAGUCCAAUCCUCACUCGUGCAUUGAUUCCGCCAGUAUGUGGUAUUCGUCAACCAUUGCCCGUCGCUGGUGUUGUAUUUGAGUACGUUCCUGCACAGCCCAUUCGCGAGGCACUCGUCCGAGGUUGUUCCGUCCGCACUAUCUCCGCCAGCUGGGUUUGUGCGAUUUCUGGCACAGCACAUGCUCGUCGUGCCGCUGAUGGAGAUACAUGGUUGGUAGAUGGGGUUGAGCGCGGUGAUUCCGCUGGGGUAGUAGCAGACAGAUGUUACUAG